AUGGCGACUAUUGGAGAUAUUUGUGUUUCGGCAUCCAUCAAUCUGUUGUCUGCGUUGGCAUUCCUGUUGGCAUUUGGAAUAUUGCGACUUCAGCCCUUUAACGAUAGGGUCUACUUCCCAAAAUGGUAUCUGAAGGGGAUAAGAGGCAGUCCAACAGGAUCCAAUGCAGUAAAGAAAUUUGUUAAUUUGGACUUUGCAACCUACAUCAGGUUUCUGAAUUGGAUGCCUGCAGCAUUGCAUAUUCAAGAACCCGAGCUUAUUGAUCAUGCAGGGCUUGACUCAACCGUUUAUAUUCGGAUUUAUCUUCUUGGGGUCAAAAUAUUUGCUCCAAUCACCUUACUUGCUUUUAUGGUUUUGGUUCCUGUUAACUGGUUCGGGAAAACAUUGGAAGCACCGGGAGCUAAGGAUUUGACAUUCAGCAGUAUUGACAAGAUUUCGAUAUCAAACAUUCCAUUUGGAUCAGAUAGGUUUUGGGCGCAUAUUGUAAUGUCAUAUGUCUUCUCAUCUUGGACAUGCUACAGUCUUUAUAAGGAAUACGGGAUUAUAGCAGAAAUGAGAUUGCGAUUUUUGGCAGCUGAACGUCGUCGUCCGGACCAGUUCACUGUCCUGGUAAGGAAUGUUCCCACAGAUCCCGAUGAAUCAGUCAGUGAGCACAUCGAACAUUUUUUUUGCGUCAACCAUCCUGAUCACUAUCUGAUGCAUCAGGUUGUUUAUAAUGCGAACAAGCUUGCAUCCAUAGCUGCAAAGAAGAAGAAAUUAAUAAACUGGCAUGUUUACUACCAAAACAAAUACGAAAGAAAUCCUUCCAAGAGGCCAACUAUUCGGACAGGUUUCCUGGGUUUCUUGGGGAAUAAAGUUGAUGCUAUUGAUCAUUAUACUGCAAUAAUUGAUAAUUUGAGCAAACAAGUAACCCAAGAAAGAGAAAAUAUUAUAAACAAUCCGACUGCUGUUAUUCCUGCAGCUUUUGUUUCAUUCAAAACACGAUGGGCGGCAGCUGUGUGUGCUCAAACUCAACAAACUAGUAAUCCUACUAUUUGGCUCACAGAAUGGGCUCCUGAGCCUCGGGAUGUCUUUUGGGAAAAUCUUGCCAUUCCAUAUUUUGACCUCAACAUGCGAAGAUUGCUCAUGACAGUUUCUUUAUUUUUCCUAACCUUCUGCUUUAUGAUACCAAUAGCAUUGGUCCAAUCUCUGGCCAACAUUGAGGCAAUUGAGAAAGUCCUUCCUUUCUUGAAGCCAAUAAUUGAAAAGUCAUCUAUCAAGUCUGUUAUUCAAGGCUUUCUGCCAGGGCUAGCAUUAAAGAUAUUUCUUAUAAUGCUUCCAAAGAUUCUUAUGACGAUGUCCAAAAUGGAAGGUUUUACUUCGCUUUCAGGUUUGGAUCGGAGGUCAGCUUCCAAAUAUUACUUGUUUGUUCUCGUCAAUGUGUUCCUUGGGAGUGUUAUAACAGGAACAGCAUUUCAGCAACUUCAGCAGUUUAUUAGUCAGCCCUCAACAGAGUUCACAAAAACUGUUGGCAGUACAAUCCCCAUGAAAGCCACAUUCUUCAUCACAUACAUAAUGAUCGACGGUUGGGCUGGAAUAGCUGCAGAGAUCCUUAGGUUAUCUCCGUUGAUUACGUUCCACAUGAAAAACACAUUCUUGGUGAAGACAGAACAAGACAGACAGAAUGCUAUGGAUCCUGGUAGCUUGGAAUUUGCCACAUCUGAACCUCGCAUCCAGUUAUAUUUCAUGUUGGGGCAUGUGUAUGCUCCAGUCACACCUUUUCUUCUCCCCUUCAUUGUAGUCUUCUUUGCUUUUGCCUACAUGAUCUUUAGGCACCAGCAAUACGAGAGUGGAGGAGCGUUUUGGCCAGAUGUCCACGGUCGAGUAGUUAUGGGCUUGAUUAUAUCUCAAAUUCUUCUUAUGGGAUUGUUAACUACAAGAGGUACAGAUAAGUCGACUCUAGUGCUUAUUGCACAACCCAUCUUGACAUUCUGGUUCCACAGAUAUUGCAAAGGUCGCUUCGAAUCUGCAUUUGUAAAAUUUCCACUAGAGGAAGCCAUGGUGAAGGAUACACUUGAGCGGGCUGUGGAGCCAAACUUAAACCUGAGAAUUUAUCUUCAGGAUGCUUACGUGCACCCAGUUUUUAAGGGCGAUGAUUUUGAAAAACCAGCAAUCAUUGAUGAUGAAGAGGGCAAUCCGCUUAUUCAGACAACGAGAGCCUCUCGUCAGGAUAGCAGGCCAGAAUCUGAUAGUGAAACCGGCAGUUGCUAAGGUACAGUUGCCAUUUGAGAUUCCAAGGAAAGACCAUGGAUUGGAGUGAUUAUCAUUUGAAUGAGUCAGCUAUUUUUAGUUGAAAUUGUGAGAUGCCAGCAAGCAGAAUUCUCAAAGCCAAUUGCAACGUUCUUACCUUUCAGAAAGGCUUAAGGGACAUUCUGUUGCUCUCAAUUUCCUUCGAAAAAUGUUAUUUGUUGUAUAUAAACAUGUACGUUUUGUUUUCUUGUAAUUAAUGUAGAAAAAACUGUUAGAUAUAUGCAGUUAGUGAAAAAUAUGUAUACGUUUGAGCCAACUGAACAGAAACAACCCUCCUGGAUGAAAAUAACUUUUUAGUGUUUUUUUUUUUAAAGGGAGAUUUGAGAAUUAUAUACGCUUCAGAAAUAAAUUUAUCUUUAUAGAGUUGCUUA